AUGGCAGACAUAAGUCCAUUGCUUCCAUUUUCCCAUUCUCUGGGCCCUGGUUCCACCUGUAGUUCUAUUAGAUGGAGAUCCAGGAAAGUACUUCUCUUGGUAUUUUCUGGUUUGUUUCUUGUUCCUUUAAUUGUAUUUAUAGCUAGUAAUGACAACGGAUUCAAACAACAUGUCCAAUAUUUACAAGAAGAUGAUCAAAAUGUAUCUUUCUCUCUGACCAAAGAAACGACAAAACCGCAAAUUUUGAGGCCAGGAUCACGGGGGGUGUCAGCUGGUGUGUCAGAGAAGGCCAGCGUGAAUUUGAAGGGUGCACAAGUGAAGGGUUAUCCUCAGAACGAUAGCAUGUUGUCAUGGCAAAGAACUUCUUUCCAUUUUCAACCUGAAAAGAAUUGGAUGAAUGAUCCUAACGGUCCUUUGUAUUACAAGGGCUGGUACCACUUUUUCUACCAGCACAAUCCACAUGCUGCAGUCUGGGGUGACAUAGUUUGGGGCCAUGCUGUAUCAAGAGAUCUAAUCAACUGGUUCCACCUCCCAUUGGCAAUUGUUGCCGAUGAAUGGUUCGAUAUAAAUGGUGUAUGGACUGGCUCGGCGACUAUUCUUCCUAAUGGUAAAAUUGCCAUGCUAUACACAGGAUCCACUAACGAGUCAGUGCAGGUACAAAAUCUUGCCUAUCCAGCUGAUCACAAUGAUCCUCUCCUCCUUAAGUGGGUCAAGUACUCUGGCAAUCCAGUCUUAGUCUCACCACCAGGCAUUGAUCCCAAUGACUUCCGUGACCCGACAACAGCUUGGUACACUUCUGAAGGCAAGUGGCGCAUCACAAUAGGGUCAAAAGCUAACUUUACUGGCAUAGCUUUAGUCUAUGAUACUGAAGACUUCAUAAAUUUUAAGAUGAGUGGGGUACUUCAUGGUGUCCCUGGAACUGGAAUGUGGGAGUGCGUGGAUUUUUACCCUGUGUCGAAAACAGGUCAAAAUGGAUUGGAUACAUCGGCUAAUGGUCCUCAUGUGAAGCAUGUGGUGAAGACAAGCCUAGAUUAUGUUGGGAAGGAUUACUAUGCUCUUGGGACAUAUGAUGACAAGACUGGAAAAUGGUAUCCAGAUAAUCCAGAAAUUGAUGUUGGUAUCGGAAUUAUGCUCGAUUAUGGUAUGUUCUAUGCCUCCAAGACCUUUUAUGAUCAGGAUAAAGGAAGAAGAGUGUUGUGGGGUUGGGUUGCAGAGUCUGAUACUGAAGCUGAUGAUGUAAGGAAAGGAUGGGCAUCUCUUCAGGGCAUUCCAAGGACUGUUCUGUUGGAUACAAAGACUUGUAGCAAUCUGCUUCAAUGGCCAGUAGAAGAGGUAGAGAGGUUAAGACUAAAAGGCAAGGAAUUCAACAACAUAGAGGUUAAGGCAGGGUCGGUUAUGCCGCUUGAACUUGACGGUGCCACACAACUAGACAUCGCUGCUGAGUUUGAGUUGGACAAGAAGGCCUUAGAGAGCACAGCUGAAUCCAAUGUGGACUUCAGCUGCAGCACCAGUGGUGGGGCUGCUCAACGUGGUGCAUUAGGACCGUUUGGUCUUCUGGUUCUUGCAGAUAACAGCCUAGCUGAGCACACUUCUGUAUACUUUUAUGUUGCUAAAGGAAAUAAUGGCACCCACAAAACUUUCUUCUGCACUGACCAGUCAAGGUCUUCUGUGGCAAAUGACGUUAAGAAAGAAAUUUAUGGAAGUUAUGUUCCAGUUUUAGAGGGUGAAAAAUUAUCUGUUAGGAUAUUGGUGGAUCAUUCGAUAGUCGAAAGUUUUGCUCAAGGUGGUCGGACAGUUGUCACAUCACGGGUUUAUCCAAUAAGGGCAAUCUAUGGUGCUGCUAGGCUUUUUCUAUUCAACAACGCCAUUGAGGCUACCGUCACUUCCUCACUCAAGAUAUGGCAAAUGAAUUCUGCAUUUAUACGCCCUUAUUUUAACGAACAGUAG